CAGUAGCAACGAAUCAGGAAAACGGUCCCUGGUAUGAAAAAGAUACUUACAACCUGUUGAAAACAAGCCAUCAAUCACAUUUGCUGUUAAACGGCGAAAAUGAGAGCCGUCCCGGCAUGGAUAGACAAAAUUCGCGAUCGGGACAAAGUCGAGCAAUGUAUUUAUGACCUCGCCUUCAAGCCAGACGGCAGCCAGCUCAUUGUUGCUGCGGGAUUUCGUGUAUUGGUUUAUGACACAUCAGAUGGAACUCUUAUUCAGCCACUGAAGGGACACAAAGACACGGUGUACUGUGUGGCCUAUGCCAAAGAUGGUAAAAGAUUUGCCUCAGGGUCGGCAGACAAAAGCAUCAUCAUAUGGACGUCUAAACUGGAGGGCAUCUUAAAAUACACUCAUAGUGAUUCUAUCCAGUGCAUUGCCUACAACCCUGUCACUCACCAACUUGCCUCCUGCUCCUCUGGGGAUUUUGGUCUUUGGUCCCCGGAGCAAAAAUCUGUGUCCAAACAUAAAGUGAGCAGCAAGAUAACAUGUUGUGGGUGGACAAAUGAUGGCCAGUACCUGGCCCUUGGUAUGAUGAAUGGAGUUGUGAGCAUCCGGAACAAAAAUGGGGAGGAGAAGGUCAAGAUAGAACGUCCAGGAGGAUCCGCCUCUCCUAUCUGGUCCAUUGCCUGGAACCCCUCUAAGGAUGAGCACAAUGACAUUCUGGCUGUGGCAGACUGGGGUCAGAAGUUGUCCUUCUAUCAGCUCAGUGGAAAGCAGAUUGGAAAAGACAGGACUCUCACCUAUGACCCUUGCUGUGUCAGCUACUUCUCCAAGGGCGAGUAUAUAGUCAUGGGCGGCUCCGACAAACAAGCCUCCCUGUACACAAAAGACGGGGUGCGGCUUGGCACCAUCGGAGACCAGAGCUCCUGGGUUUGGUCUUGCCGAGUGAAGCCUGACUCUAAUUAUGUGGUGUUGGGCUGCCAGGAUGGGACCAUCGCCUGCUACCAACUUAUCUUCAGUACGGUUCAUGGCCUCUACAAAGAUCGCUAUGCUUACCGAGACAGUAUGACCGAUGUCAUUGUCCAGCACCUCAUCACUGAGCAAAAAGUGAGGAUCAAGUGCCGGGAGCUGGUGAAGAAGAUCGCCAUCUACAGGAACCGUCUUGCAAUCCAGCUGCCUGAGAAGAUCCUGAUCUACGAGCUGUACUCAGAUGACUCCUCAGACAUGCACUACCGCAUCAAGGAGAAAAUCUGUAGGAAGUUGGAAUGCAACUUGCUGGUGGUCUGCUCUCAACAUAUCAUCUUGUGUCAGGAGAAGAGGCUCCAGUGCCUGUCCUUCACUAGUGUCAGGGAAAAAGAAUGGCUGAUGGAGUCUCUGAUUCGCUACAUCAAAGUGAUUGGCGGUCCACCAGGCAGAGAGGGCCUGCUGGUCGGGUUGAAGAAUGGGGCUAUCCUGAAGAUAUUUGUCGACAACCCGUUUGCCAUUACACUGCUGAAGCUGUCCACAUCAGUGCGAUGCCUGGACAUGAGUGCCUCUCGCAAUAAACUGGCUGUGGUGGAUGAACACAACACUCUCCUGGUCUAUGACAUCACAUCUAAGGAAUUGCUUUUCCAGGAGCCUAAUGCUAACAGCGUGGCCUGGAACACCCAGUGUGAGGACAUGCUCUGUUUCUCUGGCAGUGGCUACCUCAACAUCAAGGCUAGCGACUUCCCUGUGCACCAGCAAAAACUACAGGGCUUUGUGGUUGGCUACAACGGCUCUAAGAUAUUCUGUCUCCAUGUCUACUCCAUGUCUGCUGUGGAGGUGCCUCAGUCUGCGCCCAUGUACCAGUACCUGGAGAAGAGGAUGUUUAAGGAGGCCUACCAGAUCGCCUGUCUGGGUGUGACAGAUAACGACUGGAGAGAUCUGGCCUCAGAAGCCCUGGAGGGACUGGACUUUGACACAGCCAAGAAGGCCUUUAUUAGAGUGAGGGACCUGCGCUACCUGGAGCUCAUCAACAGCAUCGAGGAGAGGAAGAAGCGGGGUGAGAACGACAAUGAGCUGUUCCUGGCAGACGUCUAUGCCUACCAGGGGAAAUUCCACGAGGCAGCCAAGCUCUACAAACGCACCGGCCAUGAAUCCAGGGCCCUGAGCAUGUACACCGACCUGCGCAUGUUCGAAUAUGCCAAGGAGUUUGUAGGAGCUGCAGACCCUAAGAACUCUCGGAUGCUGAUGACCAAGCAGGCAGACUGGGCCAAGAGCAGCAAAGAGCCUCGUGCAGCGGCAGAGAUGUACCUGUCUGCAGGAGAACACCUCAAAGCCAUAGACAUUAUAGGAGAAAAUGGCUGGGCAGACAUGCUGAUCGACAUAGCUCGGAAGUUGGACAAGGCAGAGCGUGAGCCCCUUGCAAAGUGUGCGCUCUACUUCAAGAAGCUGAAGCAUCACGGUUAUGCCUCAGAGACCUAUUCCAAGAUGGGAGACCUGCAGGCACUGGUGCAGCUGCACGUGGAAACCCGCCACUGGGACGAGGCCUUCUCCCUGGUGGAAAAGCACCCCCAGUUCAAAAAUGAUGUUUAUGUACCCUAUGCCCAAUGGCUGGCAGAAAAUGACCGCUUUGAGGAGGCACAAAAAGCAUUCCACAAGGCGGGACAAGAGACCAAAGCUGUGAAAGUACUGGAGCAGCUUACCCACAACGCAGUGGUGGAGAGCAGGUUCAACGACGCAGGGUACUAUUACUGGAUGCUGUCUAUGCAGUGUCUGGAUAUCGCGAGGGAGAGUGACGAACAGAAGCAUGAGAUGCUGAAAAAGUUUGAGCGUUUUCAGCGUCUGGCUGAGCUCUACCACGUCUACCACUCCAUUCAGCGCUACACGGAUGAGCCCUUCAGUUCCCAUGUGCCAGAGACGCUCUUCAACAUCUGCAGGUUCCUCCUGAAUAACCUCACCAAGGACAUACCACUGGGCAUUUCCAAAGUUAACACCUUGUAUGCCUUGGCCAAGCAGAGUCGAAAACUGGGUGCAUUUAAGCUUGCCAGGUAUUCCUAUGAGAAGCUCCAGGACCUCCACAUUCCGUCUCGCUUCCAAGAGUCCAUUGAAUUGGGCAGCCUCACCAUCCGCUCCAAACCCUUCCAUGACAGUGAGGACCUUAUUGAGGGCAUGAUGUGCUACCGAUGCUCCACCCACAACCCCCUGCUGAACAACCAGGGGAGUGUGUGCAUCAACUGCAAACAGCCUUUCAUCUACUCCGCUUCAUCAUAUGAGGUGCUUCCUCUGGUGCAGUUCUACCUCGAUGGGGGCAUCAGUGAUGAGGAAGCUGUGUCACUUAUUGACCUGGAGGUUCCUCACAUGGGCAGCAAGGCCGCGUCCUGGCAGGAUAUGGGCGCUGGCGAAGCACAGGCUUUGAAGAUGGAUGACGGUGUGGAUGAUCCAGAGGAGGACCCUUUCGUUGCCAAAAUGAGCUUUGACCAGGGGGGCUCUGACUUUGUCCCAGUUAAGGUGAGUCGCUCGGCGCUGCGGUCCAUGAGCAGGAGGGACGUCCUGAUCAAGCGCUGGCCCAGGCCGCUCAAGUGGGAGUAUUUCCGCUCCCUACUGCCUGAUGUGAGCAUCACCAUGUGCCCCACCUGCUUCAAGAUGUUUCACAGUGAGGAUUACGAACUUCUGCUGCUUCAGCAUAAUUGCUGUCCGUACUGUCGAAGACCCAUCGAUGAACCAAACUAAUCCACUCUCAGCAAAAGCAGCUCUGAAAAACACUUCUGUUUUUGUUUCGUUCAGCCAAUCCUCCCCGUCAGCGCUUUUUAUUUAUCCUGAAACUGAACUUCGGUCCUUUCAUUUCUGUAUGUUUAUGUUAUGUUUGCAUUAGUAUGUGAUUGUGAUAUGGUCAUCAUCGUAACAUAGCCACCUAUUUAUUGUCAAAUUGAUGUUCAGCUGGUGCAAGCUACAUCUCCUCCACGGAGGGACUAUUAUCUUCCCAGAAUGCCUAGAAUGAUUGAAGUGAACGUGUUAGUGUGUUGGUCAUUACAGGCUGUAAGAAAAGCGCGUUGUCAGCCAAUCAACCCGAUCGGAUUAUUAAGAUCAGAUUACUGAGGGCUGUCACUGAUUACAUCAUCACCUUAAAGGAAACAUGGGUGCACUGUGUAUGAAAUACUUCUAGAAAAACAAAUUUAUAAUAAAGAAAACACUAUUUUAACCUAAUAGAGUAUACCAGGCAUGUCCAAGCGAGUGCAUUCCAGAUGCUCAUAUACUGUAGUUUUAUAUUUUCUGAUGACAUGGUACAUGUGUUGUAUUAUAAAAUGUUAGUCAUGAAAAUGUAUUUUUUAACUGUUAACAAGGAAAAACAAACUUUUUCAAUAAAAGGUUUUGAUAUUUUUUA